AUGAUUUACGGCCUUCUUAGCGGGAUCUACCAAUUGGUACUGCACCACGGUCAGACGUCUCUUGGCCAGACUCGUCUCUCCAUCCUCGUUUCACAGCAACUAGGCAACAAAGAUCCUCGAGUCCGAGCAGCGGCACUUGAUCUCCUAGCCAGUUUAGAAAGAAAAAUAGGCAAUGAUCAAUUCUGGUCUGGUUUGGGUAAUGAGUAA